AACGAACGAUGGCCAUUGUUAUGACAACAAACAGGAGGCCAUGCUAAACAAAUUUAUUGACAUGAAAAUUUGGAAUUUCAUGUUGUAGCUUGUACACGUUCUGGCUUUGCAAAAUUUUGUUGGCCAUUUUAAGCUGGCCCUAUAUAAAUUGGCAACGAAGGCUUCAUUAAUACUGCGAGUUAAAUCGGCUGGUCGAACACUGCAGCAGUCGCGAGAUGUUCAAAAAUACUUUCCAAUCAGGAUUCCUAUCGAUUCUGUACAGUAUUGGGUCGAAGCCGCUGCAGCUGUGGGACAAGAAGGUGCGCAAUGGACACAUCAAGCGCAUCACCGAUAACGACAUACAGAGUCUCGUCCUAGAAAUUGUCGGUACGAAUGUCAGCACCACGUUUAUCACAUGCCCGGCCGAUCCGAAGAAGACACUCGGUAUCAAGCUGCCGUUUUUGGUGAUGAUCAUCAAGAACAUGAAGAAAUACUUCACAUUUGAAGUGCAGGUUCUGGAUGACAAAAACGUGCGACGCAGAUUCAGGGCCAGCAACUACCAGUCGACCACUCGCGUCAAGCCAUUUAUUUGCACAAUGCCCAUGCGUUUAGAUGAGGGUUGGAACCAGAUCCAGUUUAAUUUGUCCGACUUCACUCGUCGUGCCUACGGCACAAACUAUGUGGAGACACUUCGCGUCCAGAUACACGCCAACUGUCGCAUCCGUCGAGUAUACUUCUCCGACCGCCUGUACUCGGAGGACGAACUACCGCCCGAAUUCAAGCUGUUCCUUCCCAUACAGAAGCCGGUGCAGAAGAGUAACGCUAUAUGCAGCUAAAUGGAACAGGAGCAGCUUCUUACAGGGCAAAUAAAGAGCACCAACCAACGAAGAAAAAAAUACGGCACACAACUGCACAAGACUGCCCCAUAUAUCUGGACACACAAACUUUUACACUUUAUGCGAAUCACAGAAACAACAUAGUCAAUGUCGAGAAUAAAAAUUCAUCCUGUA